CCCGCGGACGCGCGCGGUACUGCACGCGGCAGCCCCAAGUCACGUAGCUGUUUACGGAAACACUUUGACGUCAACACGUGUGCGGGCUUGUCCUGUGUGUUGCUCCGGUCCAAGGAAGUUCCGACAGUCGGAUCCACCGAGGCACGGGGGAAGAAGUUCACGCCAUGAUGGGGCUGAGCUUCACUUCGACGACCUGACCGUUGUGGAGAACUGUUCGCGCAGCCUGCUCGGGAACACGGAUGCAACGCAGCGGGGAGUUUGUGAUUGUGUGGAAACAUGAUUGUGAGGAGAAUCCGACCAGGGUCCUGCAGAGCAUGGCUGUCUCGGGUUUCAUGGGGGCAGGAGCUGAGAUUCUCCUCCUCCUCCUCGUCCGUGCCCCCCCAGCCGGUGCCCCCGCUGGCCCACACCCUGCAGGGCUACCUGAGGGCCCUGGAGCCCCUGCUGCCCGCCGACGAGCUCAGCCACACCCGCCGGAUGGUGCAUGAGUUCGGCCGGCCGGGCGGCCUGGGCGCCCAGCUGCAGGACGGGCUGGAGAGGAGAGCCAGACACUCCAGGAACUGGAUCUCCGACUGGUGGGUGAAGUGGGCGUACCUGGAGAGCAGACAGCCUCUGCCCGUGCACUCGAACCCGGCCAUCUCCCUGCCGAGGAGAGACUACAACGACUGGAGGAGCCAGCUAGUGUUUGCAUCCAAACUUAUCGCGGCAGUUCUGGACUUCAGGGCCAAAAUAAACGCCGGCCAACUCCCCGUGGAGUACAUGCGAGGGAAGCCUCUGUGCAUGGACCUCUACCCGCUCCUCUUCUCCUCCUGCAGGAUCCCCGGUCCCAAGCACGACCACAUCGCCCACCACGGCCGCUCCCGCCGCUUCCCGGCGCACAUCACUGUCGUCAGGAACUACCAGUUCUUCCAGCUGGAUGUUUACAACAGUGACGGCUCCCGGCUGACGGAGAGUCAGAUCCACAGCCAGCUGCUGCGGAUCCGCUCGCAGUCCUGGAAGACCGACAAGGAGCCGAUGGGCAUCCUGACCAGCGAGCACCGCCACACCUGGGGACAGGCCUACAACCGCCUGCUGAGAGAUAAACUAAACAAGGAAUCAGUGCGGAUGAUAGAGACGGGACUCUUCUCCUUGUGUCUGGACUCUCCGGUGAUGAGGAUAUCAGAUGAGAAGUACGCGAGCCGAAAAGCGGCUCAGAUUCUGCACGGGGGCGGGACGUUCUCCAACAGCGGCAACCGCUGGUUCGACAAAACGCUGCAGUUUGUGGUGGGCGAGGACGGCUCGUGGGGUCUCCUGUACGAACAGGCCACCGCCGAGGGUCCGCCCAUAGCAACACUGCUGGAUCACAUCCUGCAGUACUGUGAGAAGCCAGACCCAAAGAGAGCGCCGCUGGUCCCUCUGUCGAUGCCCAAGAAGCUCUACUUCCACAUAGACCGAGAAAUCAAGCGGGACAUCGAGCACGCCAAGCAGAACCUCGACAUAUUGAUCAACGACCUCGACGUCAACGUGUUCAACUUCAAGAGGUUCGGCAAGGAGCUUCCCAAGGAGCACGGCCUGAGUCCGAACGCCUUCAUCCAGGUCGCCCUGCAGCUCGCCUACUACAGAGUUCACAGUGAGGUCUGUCCGGCCUGCGAUAUCGCGUCUCAGCGGAUGUUCCGAGGAGGAAGGACGGAAUAUAUUCGCUCGCCAACAAACCAGACGCUCAAGUUUAUUCUGGCCUUUGACGAUCCGACUGUAUCGCGGGAAGUGAAACUACAACUGUUCAGAGAAGCUGUCGACGCCUACACAGCUCUGACUGAUCUGACACUUAACGGUCACGGCGUUGACCAACACCUGCUGGGGCUCAAGCUGCAGGCCAUCGAGAAAGGAAUGACCAUUCCCAAAAUCUUCAUGGACACGGCGUACGGGCUGGCGACGCACUGGAAACUGCGCACAGGGCAGGUGCCUGCGAACACGGACAGCGUGAUGUGUUUCGGGCCCCUCGUUCCCGACGGUUACGCCAUUUGUUACAACCCCCAGGCGGACCACGUCCACUUCUCCAUCACCGCCUUCAACUGCUGCGAGGAGACUCAUGCGGAAACACUAGCCGUCACCCUGAAGGACACCUUGUGUCAGCUACAGGAGCUGCUGCAGCCUACUGUGUAGAGCUGCUCCGACACGUGUCCGACUGGAUCCACCCACUUGUCCACUUGCACCAGGGCAAAAAAAACCCAACUUUUUCUUUCAUUUUUAAUUCUUGAUGAGGCUUGUUUUUUUUCCCACGCACGUAUGCCACUUCUUUCUGAGUCUGAAAUCAGACUCUCUGAUGUGCUUCUGAGGCUUCUUUUUUUUGAAUAGCAAAAGUAGAGCAAACACGCUGCGCUAUAUUUGCUACAGCAGCUGCACUUUGUAUUGUAUUGGUGAAACCAAAACCAAAUUAGAGUCAACCUGACACUCCAGCAUUAAUCAGAUCAAGCCAAAGCAUGUGUUGAAUCUGACCGUGCUCCUUUUCCAAGUCAGGAGAUGACCAGUAUCCUGUCUAGUUCCCUCUACGGAGACUAAAUACGCUUCAUGUGUUGCACUGCCGUUGUUUUUUUUUUCGACAAAUGUUAAUAAAUCACUCUGAUUGUGUUGGAUCGACGAGUCUGAAAGUUUGAAAAGGACCAAAAGUCAGAGAGCUGGUUGUUACUGGUGAUGGUGUAGAGAAAAGAGCCAUUUACCAUUUACUGUCCGUCGAUCUGAAUGUGAAGAGGCUUUUGUUGUUCUGCUCUCAGCCUGUGCGACUAGUUAAUAAAGCCUGUCAUCACAUCA